CAACUCAACUAAUUAGGGAAAAGAAUCAAAGAAAGUUGCAACUACCCUCUUUUAAGUCUUUAUAAUUUAUUGUCGGCACACAAGGCCAUUUUAGUGAAUUCCUUUCCUUCAAGCAACCACAGUGCCCUUGCUAUCUCUACAAAAAUUCGGAACUACUCUCUCCUCUGACUGACUUCCACUCUUCCAUUUCAUCACUGCCUUCUCUUUCUUCAUUCACACACUGACUUCUCUUGGGUCAACAACCAAAACCCAGAAGAAAGAAAUAAACCACAAAAAGGAGGAAGCUUUGAGAGGAUAAUGCAAGGAUCUGUAGCUGAACCAGAAACAGAGGAUGAGGAAGCCAAGCUCAAGCUCCUCUCCAAUGGCAAUCACUAACCUCUCACCUUCAACCAUCUACUUCUGCUUCUUCUUUAUCUCCACUUUACUCUUCACAGCGUCUCAAGCUACCUCUUCUUCACCCAUUUUGACAACCACAAAGCAGCAGCAAAAUCAAGACCAGGACAAAGAGCCAUUCGUGGGAGUGAACAUAGGCACAGACGUUUCGAAUCUUCUGUCUCCCUCAGACCUCGUUUCGUUCCUCCAAGUCCAGCAGAUCAACCACAUACGCCUCUACGAUGCCGACCCUGACAUUCUCAAAGCCUUGGCCAAAACCAAGAUCCGAGUCAUUAUCAGUGUCCCCAAUAAUCAGAUUCUCGCCAUUGGGUCCUCCAACACCACUGCUGCUUCUUGGGUCGGUCGAAACGUCGUCGCAUACUACCCAGAAACGCUCAUAACGGGCAUUGCGGUUGGCGAUGAGGUCCUGACCACAGUGCCCUCUUCAGCUCCUCUGCUUCUUCCAGCAAUUCAGUCGCUUUACAGUGCUUUAGUGGCUGCAAAUUUGCAUACCCAUGUCAAGAUUUCUACUCCUCACGCCGCCUCGAUAAUUCUUGACCCGUUUCCACCAUCUCAGGCUUUCUUCAACCAAAGCUGGACGCAAGUUGUGCUUCCAUUGCUUCAGUUCUUGUCCAAGACAGGGUCGCCUCUGAUGAUGAAUCUUUACCCUUACUAUGUGUUUAUGCAGAACAAAGGUGUGGUGCCUAUUGACAAUGCCCUUUUCAAGCCUUUAACACCCUCCAAAGAAAUGGUGGAUCCCAAUACUUUGCUUCACUAUACCAAUGUGUUAGAUGCUAUGAUUGAUGCUGCUUAUUUUUCCAUGAAGAACCUCAAUAUCACUGAUGUUGUGGUUCUUGUUACUGAGAGUGGGUGGCCUUCAAAGGCUGAUUCUAAAGAGCCUUUUGCUACUAUUGACAAUGCGGAUACAUACAAUUCCAAUCUUAUUAAGCAUGUUUUUGAUCGUAGUGGCACCCCUUUGCACCCUGAGACCACUUCAAGUGUGUACAUUUAUGAAUUGUUCAACGAAGAUUUAAGGUCUCCGCCGGUAUCCGAGGCCAAUUGGGGCCUAUUUUAUGGGGAUUCGAGUGCGGUGUAUUUGCUACAUGUAUCAGGAAGUGGGUCUUUUUUGGCUAAUGAUACAACAAACCAGACCUAUUGCAUUGCCAUGGAUGGAGUAGACUCAAAGACUCUGCAGGCGGCAUUGGAUUGGGCAUGUGGACCGGGGCGAUCCAAUUGCUCAGAGAUCCAGCCAGGGCAGGAUUGUUACUCUCCUAAUAAUGUGAAAAGCCAUGCUUCAUAUGCGUUUGAUAGCUAUUACCAGAAGGAAGGGAGGGCUGCUGGGUCUUGUGAUUUCAAGGGUGUGGCUACCAUUACCACCACAGACCCAAGUCACGGGAGCUGUAUAUUUCCUGGAAGUAAGAAGGUGAGCAAUAAAACAAGGCAGGUGGUGAACUCGACCCAUUCAAGUAGUGGAGCAGACAGAUUAAGAUUCAUUGCCUUGAGCAGCAACAGAAUAAGUGCCAUUAGUAGGAUAUUAUCUGUAUUUUUUCUUGUAAUUUUCUCUACUUUGUUAUUCAUUCCUUUUGUGACUCCAUGCUGAGGUAGAAAUAAAAUAAAUUUUUUCUAAUGUACAA